GUGUGUAUAAAUACAAGUACGUGCUCUGUGAUAAUUGAGACCCAGUCCGACUUGCUAAUUGUCUCAACAUGAACACAUUGCCUGUCUGUGCCGUACUUCUGGUGCUCGGGGCCGGACUGGUGGCCAGCGCGCCAGCCGACGGCCGCCGGACCCCGCCGGAACCACAGACUGUCACCAAGGCCAUCCUGGAGGCAAACGAGGGGUUGAACCUGUACCAAGGCGACAUCGAUGGUCUGGAUCCUAACUCCCGUAAUGCCAUCCAAGAUGCAACGCGUUGGCCAAAUGGAGUGAUUCCCUACGUCAUCGGUAGUGAAUACAGCUAUUCCUGUUUUGACACUGACGGUAACUGUGCGUAUUGGGCCUCCGUGGGAGAAUGCUCCAACAGCCCAGCCUACAUGCAGGGCAGCUGUCCGCAGAGCUGUGGCAUGUGUGGCCGCUCCGCUACCGCAAGAUGUACCGACAACAAUGAGUGGUGCUCCUACUGGGCUGGUACCGGAGAGUGCCAGAACAGCGCUGACUACAUGAAUGCCAACUGCCAGCUCAGCUGCGGACUGUGUGGCGGUGGCGGGGGUGGGGGAGCCUGUACGGAUAACCACGAGCAUUGUGGGUACUGGGCCAGUGUGGGCGAGUGUACCAACAGCGCCGACUACAUGCACCAGAACUGCCUGCUGAGCUGCAACCUGUGUGGUGGGGGCGGGGGAACUAACAACAACAACAACGGGGGCACGACUCUUCAAACUGCCUCAGCCGGGUCGGAGGUUGGUCGGAUUCAAGCCGCUAUGGAGGAGUUCCACCGGAGGACCUGCAUCCGCUUUGUACCCCGAACUAACGAACAGAACUACAUCCACAUCAGGAGGAGUACAGGUUGCCAUGCCUAUGUGGGUGUUCAGGGCGGGGCCCAGGAAGUGUCUCUCGGUGACGGCUGUCUCGGGAAGGCGACCAUCAUGCACGAGCUGAUGCACGCUGCCGGCUUCUGGCACGAACACUCGCGACCGGACAGGGAUGACUGGGUCUAUAUCUACCUGGAAAACGUGCCUCAAGAUUCUUGGCACGCCUUUGACAAACACUCGGAGACCCGCACCCUGGGCCUGGCGUACGACUAUGGAUCCAUCAUGCACUACGAGAGCCACGCCUUCAGCAUGAACGGGAGGCAGGUGAUCGUACCCAGGCAUUCCACGAAUGGCAUCGUCCUGGGAGCUGCUCAAGACUUCAGUUACCUGGAUCUGCAGAAGCUCAACACGCUGUACCAAUGCCAUAAUGGCAAAACCAAGCUUUCCGAUCAUCUCAACAUGCGUGCCUCGACAGUGUCCGCGGUACUUCUGGUGUUUGGAGUCGGAUUGGCGGCGAGUGCGCCAGCCGACAGCCUCCGGAGGUCGCCAGAGGCAGAGUCCGUCACCAAGGCCAUCUUGGAAGCAAACAAGGGAUUGAAUCUGUAUUCAGGCGAUAUCACCGGUGUUGAUCCUGACUCCCGUAAUGCCAUCACUGAUGGACGACGUUGGCCGAAUGGAGUGAUUCCUUACGUCAUUGGCAAUGAAUUUACUACUUCCUGCUCUGACACCAACGGUAACUGUGCGGGUUGGGCGGCCUCGGGCGAGUGUGACGCCAACCCCGGGUACAUGCUGUCCGAAUGUGCGCAGAGUUGUGGCCUCUGUAGCCGCUCCGGAUCCGCAAGAAGCUGUCAAGACAACCACGACUCCUGUGCCUACUGGGCCAGUAUCGGCGAGUGUCAGGCAAACCCCAACUACAUGCUGAACUACUGCCAGCUGAGCUGCAGCGUGUGCACGGCAGGUUGUUCGGACAAUAACCAGAAUUGUGGCUUUUGGGCCAGCAUUGGAGAGUGUGCCGCCAACCCCAACUACAUGCUGGUGAACUGUCAGUUGAGCUGCAACACCUGUGGUGGGGGCACCGAUGGAGGUAACAACGGAGGGGACAAUGGAGGCGCAACGAUUCUGACUGCACCUGCCGGAUCGGAGGUUGGUAGAAUCCAGGCCGCUAUUCUGGAGUACAACCAGCGGACAUGCCUCCAGUUCAAGCCCCGAACCAACGAGCGGAACUACGUCCACAUCAAAAGACUUACUGGUUGCAACUCGCAAGUUGGUUCUGUCGGUGGGAUGCAGGAGUUGUCUCUCGGUACCGGAUGUCUCGGAAAGGGAACGAUCCUGCACGAGCUGAUGCACGCUGUGGGCUUCUGGCACGAACAUCAGCGGCCGGACAGGGAUGACUACGUCACCAUCUACCGUGAAAACGCAGAAUCCCAGCACCGUCACGCCUUCGACAAGCUGUCUACCUCCCGCACCCUGGGCCUGUCGUACGACUAUGGAUCCAUCAUGCACUACGAGAGCCACGCUUUUAGCACCAAUGGAAGGGCGACCAUCGUGCCCAAGCUUCCACUGAACGGCAUCGUCCUGGGAGCUGCGCAAGACUUCAGCUCCCUGGAUCUGCAGAAGAUCAACAAGUUGUACGAAUGCAACAAAUAAACAGGUCACUUCUGCGCACGUGCAGCUGGCCUGCUAUGAUACUC